GAGAGAGAGAGAGAACGCCUCUGUUUCACAAACUUCACUGAGCUGACUUUCACAUCCUGGGGCCUGUGAGAUGUUCCUGUCUCAAACAAGCGGAAAGUAGAGACGCCGGGCUCCCCACUCAGGAACCCCACGCGGGGUCCCCACCCCACCUUUUCUGACCUCUGGGAACCAUGAAGACGCUGCUGUCCCUCGGUCUCUGGCGCUCCUGGCUGCUGCUCUGUGCCUGCGGUUUCCAGGUGUGUGCGGUCCCACGCAGAGCACAGGACCACCCAGGUUUUGCUGUCUUGGCCUCUGCUUCCCAUUACUGGCCAUUGGAAGAUGUGGACGGGAUCCAUGAACUUCAGGAUACCACUGAAGCGUUGCGAACCCACAACCUCACUGUGCUCCCUUCCCACAAUUCUACCUUUGUUUCUACCAAUGACUCUGCCUACUCCAAUUUCUCUGCAACAGUAGAUAUUGUGGAAGGGAAGGUCAACAAAGGCAUUUACCUCAAGGAGGAGAAGGGGGUAACACUCCUGUACUACGGCAAGUACAAGACGUCCUGCAUCAGCAACCCAGCUCAGUGUGGCCCGGAGGGGGUCACGUUUUCCUUUUUCUGGAAGACACAAGGAGAGCAGUCCAGACCCAUCCCCUCUGCCUAUGGGGGACAGGUCAUCUCUGAUGGCUUCAAAGUCUGCUCCAGUGGUGGCAAAGGCUCCGUGGAGCUGUACACACGUGACAACUCCAUGACAUGGGAGGCUACCUUCAGCCCACCAGGUCCCUACUGGACUCACGUCCUGUUCACAUGGAAAUCCAAGGAGGGCCUGAAAGUCUAUGUCAAUGGCACCCUAAGCACCUCUGACCCGAGUGGGAAGGUGUCUCACACCUAUGGUGAGCCCCACGUCAACCUGGUGAUUGGGUCUGAGCAGGACCACAGCAAACGCUAUGAGAACAGAGCUUUUGACGAGUUCAUCAUCUGGGAACGGGCCCUGACUCCAGAAGAGAUUGAGAUGUACUUCACAGCAGCCAUUGGAAAACAUGCUUUGUCUUCGACACCACUGAGCUUCUUCAUGACCCCCACAGCCAAUGCCAUGGUGUCCACAGAUGCCUACCAUCCCAUCAUAACUAACCUGACAGAGGAGAGGAAAAACUUUGAAAGACCUGGAAUUGUACUGCGUUAUCUUCAAAAUGUGUCAUGCAGCUUACCCAACAAGUCCCUCUCUGAAGAAACGGCACUCAACCUCACAGAGACCUUCCUCAAAACUGUGGGCGAAGUUCUUCUACUGCCCAGUUGGACCCACGUAUCAGAGGAUAAUGCUUUGGUGCUAGGCCUGAUCAACACCAUUGACACCGUCAUGGGCCAUGUGUCUUCCAACCUGCACUCUACCCAGCCUCAAGUCUUCUUUGCAGGCUCCUCCUCCAUGGCAGACUUCUCUGUGGUCAGGGUCCUGCCACAGACCCUGAGAGCCCCUCACUACCGCUUCCCUGCCCAUGGGCAGAGCUACAUUGAGAUUCCCCGUGAGGCCCUUCGCAGCUCAGCCUGGACCACCAUCGUGGGCCUCCUGUACCACUCUGUGCACCACCGUCUGCACAGCAUCCCGCCAGCCAGCACAUGGAUUGCAGAAGCAGCUUUUUACAGAGACUGUCCGCUCUCUGCAGCCAGCCACCUGAUUUCCCUGGAAGUGUCCCCGCCACCUACUCUCUCCCAGAAUUUGUCCCGUUCUCCCCUGGUCACCGUCCAUCUCAGGCACACACUGACUCACAAGCAGUACACUGAUGCCGCCAAUGAGAGCAGCCGCCUCUUCCUGUACUGUGCCUUCCUGGACUUCAGCUCCGGGGAAGGCAUCUGGUCGAGCCAGGGUUGUGCACUCACAGAAGGAAACCUCAGCUACUCUGUCUGCCACUGUACACACCUCACCAAUUUCGCCAUCCUGAUGCAGGUCGUCCCUCUGGAGCUCACACACGGACACCAGGUGGCGCUGUCGUCCAUCAGUUACAUCGGCUGCUCCCUGUCCGUGCUCUGCCUGGCCGCCACGCUGGUCACCUUCGCCUUACUAUCCUCCGUCAGCACAAUCAGGAACCAGCGCUACCACAUCCAUGCCAACCUGUCCUUCUCCGUCCUGGCAGCCCAGGUCCUGCUGCUCAUCAGCUUCCAAGUGCAGCCUGACACGGUGCCCUGCAGGGCUCUUGCCAUGCUUCUACACUACUUCUUCCUGAGCACCUUCGCGUGGAUGCUGGUGGAGGGGCUGCAUCUCUACAGCAUGGUCAUCAAGGUCUUCGGGUCAGAGGACAGCAAGCACCUCUACUACUACGGGAUAGGCUGGGGGUCCCCUCUUCUCAUCUGCAUUGUCUCCAUGUCAUCGGCCAUGGACAGCUAUGGGAGGAGCAACAAUUGCUGGCUGUCGCUGGGGACUGGAGCCAUCUGGGCCUUCGUGGGCCCUGCCUUGCUGGUCAUUGUGGUGAACGUGGGCAUCCUCAUCGCAGUCACCAGAGUUAUUUCCCAGAUCAGCACUGACAACUACAAGAUACAUGGGGACCCCAGUGCCUUCAAGUUGACAGCAAAAGCUGUGGUUGUGCUGCUGCCCAUCCUGGGGACCUCGUGGGUGUUUGGGGUCCUUGCUGUCAAUGACCGGGCUCUGGUUUUCCAGUACAUGUUUGCCAUCCUCAACUCCCUGCAGGGCCUCUUCAUCUUCCUCUUCCACUGCCUUCUGAAUUCAGAGGUGAGAGCUGCCUUCCAGCACAAAACCAAGGUCUGGUCCCUCACAAGCAGCUCUGCUCGCAAUGGCAACAUAAAGCCCUUCAGCUCAGAUGUUAUCAAUGGGAUGCAGCCGGGCACAGCCUCCACCAAGCUUUGCCCUUGGGAUAAGAGCGGCCAUUCUGCCCAACGUGUGGACCUGUCUCUGUCUGCCAUAUGAACAGGUGCUGUCAGCCAGGCCAAAGUGCCACUCCACCACGUGGAACAACUCCCACCCUGUGCCUCCAGCCUAGCUCCUUCCUCUCCAACUCUUCCAAGCAGAACAACACAGACCCUGUGCCUCCCGCCUAGCUCCUGCCCCUCCCACUCCCCCAUGUGGAACAACACAGACCCUGUGCCUUCCGCCUAGCUCCUUCCCUCCAACUCCAUGUGGAACAACACAGACUCUGAGCCUCCCACCUAGCUCCUUCCCCCCCCCUGCUAUCUGCGUAUGGGGUCACAGCCCCCACCCAUGGCUCUGUGGCAGAAAGCCCUGCUCAGCCUGACACACAGGACAGCAUGGUCAGCAGUGGUGUGGGCCUCUAUCUCCUGCGCCAGGGGCCACUGCCCACUGUGGACACUGGCACACACAGUGCCCCCUGUGAUGCCAGACAUGAGCCUCCUUUGCCACCCUGUACACAGCACUGAACGCAGAAAGGCCACGCAUAGGGGGGUGCAGGACACAACUCCAGGAAGCUGUUCUCACAGCCUCUGCCUCAAUGGAGGGAUUCAGCACCCUAGGGGGCCUGAAGGGAGGCCAAAGGUCCCCACAUGCCCCCAGAGGUCACUGGAGGACAUUCUCAGCACGAUGAUUUCACCCAACAACAAGUCCCCGGGCAGCCACAGCUUCCAUAGGGUGACACCAACGGGGCCUCCUCAUGUCCUAGUUGUGUGGUCCCUCCGUAUCCCACGGAGAGUGCCAGGUAGCACAGCGUUGCUCCAUGUGGCACCGAGGCACUCGUUCCUGCAGCCUGCCCACCUGCCACGUGGCGAUGGGCAGGGAGGGUGGCUACAACGUCCUUCAACAGAAGGCAGGGGGCAGAGGAUGAUUCGGACUCACCCUAGGGUUGGACCCCUGUGUGGACCAGGGUGGGAUGGGAGGCCUCAGUCAGUGCCCUCGUGUUGACAGGAGCCCGCAUGUCUGCGACGUGCAUGCCUAGGCAGUCAAACCCCACUCUGAUACUGGAAAGUCAUAAACUGACCGUGUGAUGCCAUUGAGCCCUUCCUGUCCCCGACCCUGCUGCACUUCUGGUUCUUAUUUGCCAUGCUGGGAUGGAACCCAGCUGGGCUUUUACUGGGCAAGCACUCUGCACUGAUGCCCACCAAUGCCCGGGACUCCUAAUCAUGGGGGUGCAACCCCCUCAGGCACCUCCAUAGGACACAGAUCACAGGAGCAGUGUGGCUGUGAAGUACCUUUUCUCUUGGGCCUAGAUGUGGUCUAAAUGUGGCCAACAUAGCCUAUGAAUGCACUCUCUGCCCUCCCUGCAGCCCUGUGACCUCCUUGGUGUGUGUG